UGCAAGGACAUCAGGCAUCAUCUAGCUGGGUGCAGCCCAGUCCAGAUGUGAAUUUGCACGAUGAGUGAUAAAGAGGAGUCUGGAGGCAAAAGGGCUAUGGGGAGCCCUAAGAAAACUGAUCUGGAGGCAUCUUCGAAGACAAAAGACGGCGUGAGCAGGAAAAUAAAAAGCGACUCUGAGCAGAAGCAGCCGAAAGCAAAGGCUGGGAGCAGGGAGCAGGAAGAAACUCAGCAAAGCAAUCGGCCCCCGGGGCCAAAAGAAAAAAAGAAUUUGAAGAAAUCCAAAGAAAAGCCCUUGCAAGAAAACAUCAUCAGCAGAAGCUCUCUGAAGCAAGAGGUGGCUGCAGAGAAUGAAGUCUCCGGCCAGACGCCAGAAGAGAAGCCAAAGGAUCCAGAGGUGGAGAAAGUCAAGCAUAGACAGGUGGAGAUGGACUCUGUCAUGGCCCAGAAUCCGUUCUUGGGACUGGAGAGUGCCUUGAGAGCCCUCCAGAGCGCCGAGGACGUCCCAGAUUGCAACGGCCAUGACGUGCUCCCACCGAGGGUGGAGGAUGGUGGGGAGAGCACCGAAAGGUCGGAGCAUGCACCGGAGACAACAAGAACGGGAUCGGAGGGGGAGCUCCCAGGAGCCGAGGCUCCAAGGGAAGAGGAAAUAGAGGCCAGUGGGGUCUCUCGGGAGAACGAAGACUUAUUUGCAAAUCAUGGAGAUUCGUCCACAGACACGGGUGCUAAAGCUGAAAUUGGUGAUAUCCUGGAAGAAGGCAAGGACAAGGAGGGGAAAGCUGGUUUGCUUGUGCUGGAGCAGAUGGGAGAUAUACAUGUCCAAGGCCUGAAAAGGAGAAGAGAGGAGGAUGGAGGAAAGAAGAGAGAAAAAAAGAAAGGGAAAAGGGACCUGAAGGAUGGCAGAGAGGAGCUGGGGCAGAAAGAGAAGCCGAAGAAGGAGGGUGCUCCCAGGAAGGGAAAGAGCCACGGGAAGAGCGAUGCCCCACAGCAAAGCAAAGCCAAGAGAGCGAGAGUGGGUGCCAAAGCGAUGUUGGCAGAGGACGGCAAGGUGGAAAAGGACAGGAAAGGGGGAUGUGACCAUGAUAGGGAAGAGGAAAAAGGAGGGAGUGUGGAAGAGGAGGACCACGCACAGAAAGGCAAGGACGAACUGCAGCCAGGGCAAGUAGAGGACGGGGUUAGGUGGGCAGAGGGAGCAACACCGGAGGAGCCCUGGGCAAGCCCGAGAGGGGAAGGGAAAGAGACGGAGGGAGGGAAAAAGCAUGUCCGGGCGGAGAAGGCACCAAAGAGCCAGAAGGAGAAAGGGCAGGAAGGGAAAAAGACAAAGAAGAAGAAAAGGGAAGGGGGAAAAGUGGGACACGAGAAACCACCGAGGCUUGAAAGCCUGAAGGAAGAGCCAGAAGUGGAGAAGAUGGAGGAAGGGGAACGGAGGGGAGGUGAGAAGGGAGUGAAGGAAGAAGAGGAAGGCGAGCCAGAGAGAGGGGUAGACGGAGGAAUAAAGGAGGAGUGCGAGGGCGAUGGGCUGGGGAAAAGCGAGAGCGUCGAGUCCGAUGAGAAAGUGAAGGUGGAAAAUGGCCUGGAGGACGAGAAAGACGCAAAGACUAAAGCCAAGGGGGAAAAACCAGCCAAGCGGAGGAAAGCCAAGGAAGAAAACGCACCCAAAGAGAAGGGCAAGAAGGCGUCGGAGAAGCCGGAGAAGGAGGGUCCGGCUCAGAAAAGGAAAACCACAGAAGAGGGAGACAAGAAGAAAAGCAAGAAGGCGAAGACGGAGGAAAAUGAGAAGGAGAAAAAGAAAAAGGAAGAAGAGAGUAAAUGGAAGUGGUGGGAAGAGGAGAAGACCGAGGACAAAGUGAAAUGGAAGCAGCUGGAGCACAAAGGACCCUACUUCGCCCCUUUGUACGAGCCGCUCCCGGAUGACGUCAAGUUUUACUAUGAUGGCCAGCCUAUGAAGCUGAGUUUGGCCACAGAAGAAAUCGCCACCUUCUAUGCUAAAAUGCUGGAUCACGAGUAUACCACCAAAGAGAUGUUCCAGAACAACUUCUUCAGGGACUGGAAAGAGGAAAUGACGGAGAAGGAGCAGGAGAUCAUCCAGAGCCUGGACAAGUGCGACUUCAAGGAAAUACACAAGUACUUUGUGGACAGGAACGAGGCCCGGAAGGCCCUGCCCAAAGAGGAGAAGCAGAAACUGAAGGAGGAGACGGACAAGAUCCAGGAGGAGUACGGGUACUGCAUCCUGGAUGGGCAUCGCGAGAAGAUUGGGAACUUCAAAACGGAGCCCCCGGGGCUGUUCCGGGGACGCGGGAACCACCCCAAGAUGGGGAUGCUGAAGAAGAGGAUCAUGCCUGAGGACGUGAUCAUAAACUGCAGCAAGGACUCCAAGAUCCCGGUGCCCCCAGAAGGCCACAAGUGGAAGGAAGUGCGUUGCGACAACACGGUCACGUGGCUGGCCUCGUGGACCGAGAACAUCCAAAAUUCGCUGAAGUACAUCAUGCUGAACCCGAGCUCCAAGCUGAAGGGAGAGAAAGACUGGCAGAAGUACGAAGUAGCCCGGCGCCUGAAGGGUGUUGUGGACAAGAUCCGCUCCCAGUACCGAGACGACUGGAAGUCCAGGGAGAUGAAGACACGGCAAAGAGCUGUGGCUCUUUACUUCAUUGAUAAGCUGGCCUUGAGAGCCGGGAAUGAGAAGGAGGAAGGGGAGACUGCGGACACGGUUGGUUGCUGCUCCCUGCGCGUGGAGCACAUCAAGCUUCACCCGGAGCUGGACGAGCAGGAGCACGUGGUGGAGUUCGACUUCCUUGGGAAGGACUCGAUCCGCUACUACAACAAAGUGCCCGUGGAGAAGCCGGUGUUCAAGAACCUGAAGCUGUUUAUGCAGAACAAGGAUCCAGGGGACGACCUCUUCGACAGGCUGACUACCAGCAGCCUGAACAGUUACCUGCAGGACUUGAUGGCAGGGCUCUCGGCGAAGGUGUUUCGAACCUAUAACGCUUCCAUCACCCUGCAGGAGCAGCUGAAAGCCCUCACCAACCCUGAAGACAACGUAGCUGCCAAACUCCUUGCUUACAACCGAGCCAACCGGGCCGUGGCCGUUCUGUGUAACCAUCAGAGGGCAACACCCAAAACCUUUGAGAAGUCAAUGCAGGCCCUCCAGGCCAAGAUAGACGCCAAGAACCAGCAGCUGGAGGACGCACAAGCCGAGCUGAAAAGAGCCAAGGCUGAUCGCAAAGCCAAGAAGGACGUGAAAUCAAAAGAGGCCGUGGAGAAGAAAAAGAAGUUGCUGGAGAAAAUUAAAGAGCAGCUGGAGAAAUUGAACGUCCAAGUCAUGGACAAGGAGGAGAACAAGCAGAUCGCUCUGGGCACGUCCAAGCUGAAUUACUUGGAUCCUAGGAUUAGCGUGGCCUGGUGCAAGAAGUUUGGCGUGCCCAUCGAGAAGAUCUACAACAAAACUCAGCGCGAGAAGUUUGCCUGGGCCAUCGACAUGGCCGAUGAAGACUUUGAGUUCUGAGAAAGUGGCUUUCCCCGGGAACCCGACUUCUUUCGGGCUCUUUUGGUACCUUUUGGAUGGUUUUAUGUGCUGCAGUUACCAUUUUGCAGUGGUAACCCACCUUGGGGAGUACUUGCUGCAUAUAUUUCAUGCCUUUUUUUUUUUUGUAUAAAAGCCACCCCUGCUUUGUACUUGAAACAGGUACAGCUGGAUGCCUGCACUUUGAAUUCCCUUCCUCGUAUGGCAGCCACCCAGUGAUUUGUUCCCUCCCUGAGGUUGAAAAUCACAAGUUGGGAAUGAGCCUUAAUCCUACAGCCUAAAACUAGAUUAGAUAAUCUAAUCCCAUCUCCCUUCUCUGCAUCUUUUCUUUUCUUCAAACUUCAUCUGAGAAAUUAGCUUGACUAGAAACACGUAAAAGCACUUUGCUGAACCCAAGCGGUUGUAGCUGCGGAAAGCACUGUCAUGUCAUCGAAGAGGGGAGCGGCUCGGGCACGUCUGGAGAAGGGAUAUUCUCGGGUUAUCUAAACCCAUUUGAGACGCGGCGAGAAUCGCAGAAUAGUUUAUGUUUCUUCAAAAUUCGGUCUGAAAAGGGGAAAAAAAAAUGUUCAAGUUGCCAAACAUGACCAUAAGGGCCUGUAGGAAACUUCAGUUUAGGGACAGGUAUAAAUGAUGGGAAAUACUGUGCAGAAAUCCAGUUUGCUGCACAGUGGAUGUGGGGCUUCAAAAUGGAAAACGGCGCAGCUUGCAAAGUGUACACGAGUAUACCUGAUUGCAUAUCCUCAGUCUGAUAACACGGGCCUGAUUUUAAUUCAUAGUCCACUGAAGUCAAUAGAUUUUGCUUUUUCCUUUGCUUACAGCAGGCUUUCAGUUGGGAUCCAAGUACCUUUAGAGUGAUGUCAGUGGCAGUAAGUCACCCCGUGUGUACAUUUUCCUCUUGUAGGGUAUAUGGCAGUCUGUAAGCAUUGGGCGGGCGUAUAGCUAAAGCAAAUGAUUUUGCUGCAGAUCUGACAGUCUGGGGCAUGCGACUGCACCGGUCCAUCUGUGUUUCUCCAUGACCUUGGUUAAGGUGAGAAGCACAAGGCAUUGACCACAGACCUGAGCGGGAAAUACUGUAGCUACAAUACAGUAAAACUAUACAUUUGACCACUUCAUUGUUGAUAGGAAGCAUUCAAGGGAGUUUGAUGGAUCUUGCAAGAAAUUAGCCUGAAAAGACUUCCAUCACUAAAAUGUUGGUAUUCAAACUGAGGGUUAAAUCAAGGGUAAACCGUGUAUUAUUUAAUGGAUAAAAUUCAUGUCCCCGUAGUCUUGAGGCAUUCCUGAUAUACAUGGUUGUUUUCCAUGGAUUCGUUUGCAGUCAGUUGCUCUUUACGUUAACUUAUUUAAGUUAUCAUUUUUGUUUGGAGUCAGACACGCAGAGCGCAUUUCAUUAAAAUUUGAGAUACUUUGUGUA